AUGGGGCACUCUCACCGUCAUUUCCGCGAAACUCGUACAGUCACGAGCUUCGCCGUGCUUCACGAGCUUCACCGUGGUCACAUGGGAAUCGUUAAAAUGAAAGCUUUGGCACGAUCCUACGUAUGGUGGCCAAACAACGACCGUGACAUCGAAGUUGUUGCAAAGAAUUGCAAAGGUUGUCUGAAGAACCAAAAUGAGCCACCAAAGGCUCCAUAUCAUCCGUGGGAAAUUCCUAACGGACCAUGGAAACGAGUCCAUUUGAACUUCGCUGGGCCAUUCCAAGAUAAAAUGUUUCUAGUAGCUGUGGACGCCUUCUCCAAAUGGCCUGAAGUAAUCGUCGUGAGCUCUACUACUGCUUCUCACACUGUAGAUGUCCUACGGAUGGCCUUUGCCAGAAACGGCAUACCCGAACGUGUCGUCACUGACAAUGGACCACAGUUCACAUCAAGCGUGUUCAUGGAGUUCAUGAGGAACAAUGGAAUUCAACAUUACUUGAUAGCACCAUACCACCCAGCGACCAAUAUACUUGCUGAGCGUUUUGUCCUGACACUCAAAUCAAGUCUGAAAUCUAUGCAGGGGGACGGGAGUAUCCACGAGAAUCUCGCAAAGUUCCUUAUUGCAUAUCGCACUUGCCCCCGCACAACGACUGGAGAAACUCCAUCUAAACUCUUAUCAGGACAAGUGUUCAAGUAA